UACAUACUAAUGAGCGUUUAUGUUAUCUCGAUGAAUAAAUGUUGCAUGUAGUUAAUUGCAUAUGAGUGAAAUGCACAUGUUUUCAGCACCACAGUAAGGACAGCUCCUCUUUCACUCAGUGAUGUUUUCUGAGUGUGCAGUACCGGUUUUUAAAUACCUUAUAGGUAAAGCUAUAAGUUAUUUAUAUGCAAUGUUGUACAUUGUGUAAUAAUAAUAAUAAUAAUAAUAAUAAUAAUAAUAAUAAUAAUAAUAAUAAUAUCACCGUCACUAAUCCUCGUCAUGAUCCUCCUCAGUAUCGUAAACUUCAUCUUCAUUUUUUUUUCUUUUAUUCCAUUUUUUUAUCGCUCAUCCUAAGUCAAGUUAUUAGUGUUCAUAUUUUGUCUGCAGGUGACGCUGUUUAACAAGAUAAAAUACAACAGUUUCGUGUGUCUUCCUCUGUUGUGGGUGUUGUUGUGUGAGAUCCUGCCAGGGCUGAUGACUGCAAGCGCUGCAGUCGUCAGGAAAUGGAAAUUUAUGGGGAAAUAAUACACCAACUCCUUGUUUUUUCUUGUUUGCUAAGAAAAUAGAUUUAAUGUGAAGGAGCGGAUACUGGAAAAGGCUUGAAAAAUCUUUCUUUGACGAUUUUUUUCCCCCUUCUUCUGUUCUCAGAGUUAAUCUUACAAUAAUGGCGUUUCAGCAGCCCUCUCGGAAAUGGCGUUUUCUUUUCUGCUUUCAGUGGAUACAAGCUGUUUUGCUGUUUUGUUCAUCCCAUACGGUUUCUGGACACAUCCGCUACUCUAUUCCAGAGGAGAUGAAGAAGGACUCUCUUAUCGGUCAUAUAGCGCAGGAUUUAGGUUUGGACCUGAAAAGACUCCGUGCUGGUCGGGCCCGCAUCGUGACCGGAGAGAGCGUCCAGUACACCGAGCUGAAGGCAGACAAAGGGACUCUCGUAGUGAGUGAAAGGAUAGACCGAGAGCAGCUUUGCGGAGAGGCAGCCUCGUGCAGUUUCAGCUUUGAAGUGAUUUUAGAAAACCCGAUGGAGCUGCAUCCUGUAACAAUUGAAGUGCUGGAUGUGAAUGAUCAUAGCCCCGUGUUUAAGAAAGCACACAUUAUGUUAGAGAUCAGUGAGUCCGCUAAUCUCGGAGCGCGGUUUGUGUUGGACAAGCGCGGAGGAUCCUGACGUUGGCGUUAAUGGCUUGCAAAAUUAUAUUUUAACCCCGAACGAAAAUUUCGUUUUAAAGCAGCAUGUCAGUCCGGAGGGGAGUAAAUAUGCAGAGAUGGUUCUG